CUAGUGCUAGGAGGAAACCCCCCGUAAAUGCGCCGUAUAUGUAGUUUUACCUUCAUGUGUAACAUCUGAACAAAAUUUGUAGUCUCUAAAUUUUCAGAGGCCAAUGACGGAAAGAUUUUAUUUUUUAUUUUUUGCAGAAUCAAGGCUGUUGUUUACCACCAUGUUGACCCAGAUAUGUCCUCAUUAUACCUCAGCUGACCUAGAUCCAUAAGAAAUAUUUGAUGCAAUCAAAGUCUAUGGGGGUUAUUGAAGUUCUCCACAUAGCCAACCAGCAUUAUUUUCAACUGUGCAAAGGGUUCAUAUACCUCAUCAGAGGUCUUUCACCACCAAGGACAUUUAUAAGUGUAUGCCUAUGUGCACUGGUGUGAAUAAAGGAAAGAGAAGUGUGGGAGAUUGUGGCGGAGGGUGUACCUCGGAUGCAACCAUUUUUGCAGCCCUCAGCCAAUCAGGCGGCAAGCAGCAAGCAUCCGCCUUUAUAAUUGGCUGACUUUCCCGAUGGACAAGAUGAACCACAGCUCAGCAGAGGCAGAAGUGGAGACCAUAGAGCCGCUGCGAUACCUCAGUAAAGGGGAGGCCGCGGCCAUAGAGACAGAGCUGCUGAAGGACUACAGGUUUGGACAGCAGCAGCUCAUAGAGAUCUGGGGACAGGCCUGUGCCCUCGCCAUCACCAAGGCUUAUCCUCUGAGCUCUCUAUCGAAGAAGCAGCCAACAGUCCUGGUGAUUUGUGGCCCAGAUCAAAAUGGCUCCAUCGGCCUGGUUUGUGCCAGACACCUGCGCAUAUUUGAAUAUGAGCCCACCAUCUACCAUCCCAAGAGGUCAUCCCAGAGCCUCCACCAAGACUUCACGGUGCAGUGUGAGAAGAUGGACAUUCCCUUCCUGUCAUACCUGCCCACGGAGGUGCAGCUCAUAAAUGAUGCCUAUAACCUAGUGAUUGAUGCAAUGCUGGGCCCGGAGUCAGACAUAGGCAACAUUAAGGAGCCCUACUCUGGCAUUCUGGGUACUCUGAAGCAAGUGAAGAUUCCUAUAGCCAGUGUGGACGUGCCUUCAGGUUGGGAUGAAGAGGAGGCCACCCAAGACGGCAUUCACCCUGAAGUCCUCAUCUCGCUCACAGCACCCAAAAAGUGUGCUGCCAGUUUCUCGGGGAAGCAUUACUUGGCCGGACGCUUCCUGCCGUACGACAUCCAGAAAAAAUAUGAGCUCAAUCUCCCAGACUUCCCCGGCACAGACACUCUCAUCGAAUUGUAACACAAGUGGAACCAUUAUGGGUUAACAUGGCUACUGUUCCUAUUCUCUUCACUUGUUUUGUAUUUGAAAGAUGUUGUUUAAUGUUAAUGCUGUCUCAGUUCUGUAGAUCAGCCUUUGGAGUUGUACUGCGAUGAUGUCAAAACUCUACUUCCGGGUCCAGUGGAAUUUCAGCUUCUUUUUUUGAGUGGUAAAUGCCAUUUGUGUGCACUUUUAGACAUACAUUAUCAUAUUGCUUUCCAAAAUAGUGUUCAGGAUUUCAGUCCCUAGACCUUUUCCUGUUAUGGACAUCAUUUUGAAAACUUAUGAUUUAGAUAGAAUGUUUAGCUGUAUCACUUAUACCUCAUGGAUACACAAAAGAUAAAUAUUAUAUUUCCAGUGGUACAGAUAUAUUGUUAAGGCAGCUCUUGCAGUCAAAAUAAGACCACUUUGUGCAUCUAAUUAUAAAGUGUUCUUAUCCUCUACGAAUCAGGAAUUAGUACUGGUGGGCUGUUAGCGUGAUAGUUGUUAGAGGAUAAUUAGGAUGCUAGCAAUGCGUUAGGAAAGUGAGGAAUAAUUUUGGACCACUGCAUAAGAGUAUAAUAUGCACUAGUUUUGUUUGUUUUCAUGUUUUUAAGCCCGUAGGUUUCAGGUACAGCACCUUUAGCCCAAAUCUCUGCUCUUUCUGUUUAUGGAUGUUAGGACCCAUGACAUCACACUACACAACUCCACAGCUACAUGUGCUAUUGAGAUACAGUAGGAGGUGCAUAUUUAGAUACAGUGGUGCCAGUCAUGUCUUUAGCCAAUGGCAUGAGGAGAUUUAUGUUUCACAUUGUUGAUGCAGUAGCAUUUGGCCUGUUACUCUUUAAGUACUAUAUUACAGACGAAAUGAUUUUUUUAUGCUAUACACUGGAGUUUUGUUUUGGUCCUAUAUUUAUACGUAAUAUUUGAUUGACGUGAGAGAUUGUUUUCUGU